AUGUCAGAACUUCCCUCCAUUCGCUGGGGCAUAUUGACCACGGGAAAAAUCGCUUCCUGGUAUGUGGCCGACCUUGCUCUGUCUCGCCCAGAUGCGAAGGUUCGCCAUAUUGUAAAAGCCAUAGGAACCUCGGAUGUCAGCCGUGGUAGAUCUUUUGCUCAACAGUACUGCCCGAAAGAGAGGCCAGAGAUAUAUGGUUCCUACGAAGAGGUCUAUAACGAUCCCGAUGUUGACAUCGUUUAUAUCGGAACGCCACAUGCCUUCCAUAAGAAGAAUUGCCUAGACGCGAUCGCGGCAGGAAAGCAUGUGCUAUGCGAAAAGCCAUUCACACUCAAUGCUCGCGAGUCUAAAGAGGUCUUCGACGCAGCGAAAGAGAAGGGAGUCUUCAUUGCUGAAGCCAUGUGGUUGCGCCAUCGCCCGCUGACCAUCGAGCUCCAACGUCUUCUCCAUCAAGAAAAAGUGAUCGGCGAGAUCUUCCGUGCAACAUCGGAUUUCGGGUGCGAGCUCGACAUUCCAAACUUGCCGCUAGACAAAUACUACCGUCAAAACUCGAUGGGCGCAGGCUCCUUACUGGACCUGGGCAUUUAUGCAUUGACGUGGAUUGUACUCAGCUUGGAUCCUGAGCUCACAGCAGACCGAGCAAAGCCGAAGAUCAUAGCUGCUCAAACUCACUGGGAGGACAUUGAGCUGACCUCAACUGCUAUACUUCAAUAUCCGUCGACUGGUAGACAGGGCGUGGCCACUUCCACGACCAUGGCGACCGGAAACCCCGAUCUGCUCGCCCGUAUCCACGGCACUGCUGGCUCUAUCGAGGUUCAUGGCUCUUGCCCCUCCGCUCCGGAAGCAUUCACUGUUUAUCCGAAGUUCGAGAUAGGUGCCGGGGAUGCGGUUGCUCGCGGCAAAGGAAAGAUGUACGACUUCUCAGCUCCGGGGCGCGGCUUCCAGUAUCAAGCAGACAAUAUCGCGUUGGAUGUCCUCAACGGUCGACUAGAAAGUUCCAUCGUCCCCCACUUUGAAACAAUCCGAAUGAUGGAAAUAAUGGAUGAGAUCCGCCGGCAAGGUGGGACGCGAUAUCCAACUGAUUAG